UCAGCUGUAGGAGAUGCCUCAAAAUGGAGCUCCAGAGCCUUGUUUAAGGGUGAUUUACCCCCUGUAGCUGCGGUGAGGGUGAUCCAUGUCCAUGGCUGGUGCUCCAAUCCUGUAGUUUGUAACACAGAUAAUCACCUACCCUCACACUGGGAAUAACCUGCGGCAGCAGACAAAGGUAUUGGCUUCGGAGACAGACCCAAAUCUAUACAAUACUGCUUAAUCCUCUUAGGGCCUGUGGGUAUUAAAUGGGAUUGGCUGUCCCCCACUAAGGUGUCCUUCACACCUGACCCUCCCUUGCAUUAGGGCUCUGCUGGCAGAGGAGACCUCCUGAAAAUGGGAUCAUUUUCAUCUGCCUCCCUCUGCAACAGCAUCUCCCACCGGGCUGUUAAGUACCAAAGAAGCUUCCAGCACUACACCCAGCCCUUGGAACUCCUGUUCCUCCUGGACACGUCUUUGGAAGGAUUCUGCAUCUUGUGCUGUGCAGUUCCACUCCUGAUGCUCAAGAUCAGCUGGAAGCUCCAAUGGUGGCUGUAAAUUCGAAUUGCUGACCAAGAGAAGUCUCCAGUGGCUGCUGGAUACGGCUCUGGAUUCUGAACCUUCAGGAAAUGCAUUUGCCACGGAGGAGGCGGCUACGAAGGAACCGAAUCCUUUUUUUUCUUGCCACGGUGUUGGUCCUCUCUCUCUACCAGCUCCAGUUCAGCCCCUCUGCCCUUCCAGCAUCACACACAGCCCCCCAACCCACGGACCCUGUCAAAGUGACCUCCAGGGACCCCCCCAGGAACAAGACUGCUGGGAGAGGCAAUGCCACAGCACCCAAAAUAAGGCACUGUAUAUAUGUGGAUGCUGAGCCAGCUGUGCCCGUCACUACUCUGGUGGAUACAACCCCGCAGCAAGAAAAUGCCAAUGAAAGCCACCCAGACAAAAAACCACCCCAUGAGUCCAAAGGAGAAUAUCCCCAGGACCUGUUCAGUGUGGAAGAACGCAGGCAAGGGUGGGUUGUCCUUCACAUCUUUGGCAUGAUGUAUGUGUUUGUGGCCUUGGCCAUAGUGUGUGAUGAGUAUUUUGUCCCUGCUUUGGGAGUGAUCACAGAGAAGCUGCAGAUCUCUGAAGAUGUGGCUGGAGCCACCUUCAUGGCAGCAGGUGGAUCAGCACCAGAACUCUUCACCUCCCUCAUAGGUGUCUUCAUCUCACACAGCAAUGUCGGCAUCGGUACCAUUGUGGGCUCAGCAGUGUUUAAUAUCCUCUUUGUCAUUGGCACCUGUGCCCUCUUCUCCAGGGAGAUACUCCACCUGACAUGGUGGCCCUUAUUUAGAGACAUCUCAUUCUACAUUGUAGACUUACUGAUGCUCAUCCUGUUUUUCCUAGACAGUGUCAUUGAUUGGUGGGAAAGCCUCCUUUUACUGACUGCCUAUGCCACAUACGUAUUCACCAUGAAACAGAACGUGUACCUGGAGCAAUGGGUGAAGCAGGAGCUGAACAAGAAGCUCAGUGCUGUGCAGGCAGCAUCAGCAGAGCAUGUGAGAAAGAAAAGCACUGGGGCAGCUGCAGAUGAUGGAACAAAGAAGCCAUCAGAUGUGAGGAAGCUGCAGCCUGGGCCAGCCCUGCAGCGGGGCAGCAGCUCAGCCUCCCUGCACAACUCCCAGAUGCGCGGCACCAUCUUCCAGCUCAUGAUCCACACCCUGGACCCCCUGGCAGAAGAAAAAUUUAAAGACAGGGUUGACGUCCUGAGCAACAUGGCCAAGACCAAGGCCAAGGCAGAGACCUUGGAUGGACAAGGCCCACAGUCAGAAGAAGAGGAAAAGAAGGCCCCAAGCACAAUCCAGGUAACUCCUGCCCAUGACUCUGAGCCCAGCAAAGCCACACAGAAGGCAGAUGCACCACAGGAUGGACAGUCCCCAUCAAGCAGUGACAGCUCAGAAGACAGCAGCUCUGAGAGCGAGGAAGACAGUGAUGAGGACAGCACAGAUGAUGAUGAUGAAAACGAUGAGCCCUUAUCUCUGGAAUGGCCAGAAACAAGGAAAAAACAAGCCAUUUACCUUUUCCUCUUUCCCAUUGUCUUUCCUCUCUGGAGCACUCUGCCUGACGUCAGGAACCCUGACUCAAAAAAAUUCUUUGUGAUCACGUUUUUUGGAUCCAUCCUCUGGAUUGCUGUGUUCUCUUACCUCAUGGUGUGGUGGGCUCACCAGGUUGGGGAAACAAUUGGGAUAUCAGAGGAAAUUAUGGGUUUGACCAUCCUGGCAGCGGGAACAUCCAUCCCUGACCUCAUCACCAGUGUCAUCGUGGCACGGAAAGGCUUGGGUGACAUGGCUGUGUCCAGCUCUGUGGGCAGCAACAUCUUUGAUAUCACUGUUGGCUUGCCAGUUCCCUGGUUCCUUUUUUCUGUCUUCAAUGGCCUCAGCCCCGUGGCAGUGAGCAGCAAUGGUUUGUUUUGUGCAAUUGUUCUCCUUUUCCUCAUGCUCCUGUUUGUGAUUAUCUCCAUCGCUGUCUGUAAAUGGAAAAUGAACAAAAUGCUGGGGCUCACCAUGUUUGCUCUUUACUUUGUGUUUCUGAUCAUCAGUGUGAUGUUAGAAGACAAGAUAAUAUCCUGCCCAGUAUCUGUAUGAUGGCUGGACACUUCAAGAUGUGUGUGAGGACACAGCAACAUCAAAAGAGGUUUAAGGUAGCAAAUGUUUUACUGAAAAAAAAAGGAACCAGAAUUGUAACAAACUUACUGAGAAUAAAAUAUCUUUAACUUACUAAAAAAUAAAUAAAUCUCAAGUGGUAUGUCAGCCUCUGCUAUUUUUCUUUAGGAUCAGAACAGAUACAAUAUCAAACAGCACAUGUUUAUGCACUUGUGGCAAAGGCUGAUGUGAUACAGAUGCAUCGAGUUUUCAGUACA